AUGAACGUAACGCCGUUCAGGCGGACCUUCGUCGUUUAUACUCUGUGGCGGCACGGGCGACUGUCAGGCGCUCGGCGGCGAACGAAGCGGGUAUUCUUUCGUCGCGAUUACGGCCCCGACUUGACUCAGCUUGACUGGCUCGACCUGGCUCUAGAGCCGGCUAGAGCGGAUGAGCAUCGAGCCCGCACCAACGGGAAAAUUUCACAAGCAUCCGACCAUGACGUCGACCUGCCUGCGCUGCGCCGCGACAUGUAUUCACUGUGGCGCGCGGCCUUUCGUUUU